UUCAUAUUUUUAUUCGAUUCAUAUUUUUAUUGUGUUGUCGUUCCUAGACUUGUUUAUUUACAAAUUCUUAGUGCUAAGCUAGUUCUGUUUCUCGACCACUCUUAAGUACAGUAUUCAAUUUCGUACUUUGACAAAUAUAUUCAUUAUUUUAACAUCGUUCAAAAUCUAACACAAAUUGGAAAUGCAAACCGCAACGAAACGCCCCAAGAAGAAGGCACGCACCGCUCCAAAGAUAUCCGUUGUGUCCGUGCCCGCUCAGCUAGCACGCCGUCUGACCAUACCGCGGCCGGAUGUGUUGCACACGUAUCUGGAGUACGGUCAGAUCAACCAGUAUUUGGAAUAUAUUGUGCACAAGUUUCCCAAUUUCGUAAAGCUCUAUACGCUCGGCAUCACCCAUGAGAAACGUGAGCUGCGCGCCAUAGAAAUCAACUGGAUGAAUCCGGAUAAUGUCGAGCUGUCGCCCCUAAUGCGUAUGCAGGCAGUCAAGCUAGCCGACGCGCACAAAAAGUCUGGAACAAAAGGACCGAUUGUGUUGCCCGGUGAGAAAAAUCGCAAUAUCAUUUUCAUAGAGGCUGGCACCCACGCCCGAGAAUGGAUUACGAUUAGCACCUGCCUCAACUGCAUCUAUCAGCUGACGGAGCGGUAUACGCGGAACAUCGAGGUGCUGCGAAAUCUGCGCUUCAUCAUUGUGCCGCUCGUGAAUCCCGAUGGCUACGAGUAUUCGCGCACCAAGAAUCGUAAUUGGCGCAAGAAUCGGAGGCCGCACAAGACAUCCAAAAUUGUGGGCACCGAUUGCAACCGCAACUAUGACAUAUUCUGGGAGUGCGGACCCUCGAGAACCAAUCGCAAUACAUAUAAGGGCGAACGUCCCUUCUCCGAGCCGGAGACACGGGCCAUGCGAAACAUCCUCGAUAGCUUGGCGCCCAAUUUGUUGUUUUUCUUGUCGCUGCACUCGUAUGGCCAGAGCAUCAUGUAUCCAUGGGGCUAUUGCCGGGAGGCGCCUUACCAUUGGCGUGAGCUUCACAUGCUGGCAAACACUGGUCGUACGGCCAUCAAGACGUACAAUGGACGUGAGUAUCGUACGGGCAGCAUUAGCUGCCUGACCAAGCGCACCAUUGCCGGCUCCGUCGUUGACUAUGUGUACGGCAUAUUGAAGGCGCCCCUGGCUCUGGUCAUGGAGCUGCCGUCGCGGGAGUUAGGCUUUCAGCCACCCGUUGAGAUGAUCAGUCAGAUUGGGCACGAGAGCUGGUUCGGUAUACGUGAGAUGUGCAAAAUCGCUUUCGAUUUGAGACAAAACAUCAAGCGGGACGAAGAGCCGCCCAGGCCGCCAGCACGCAGUACCUCAGGUGCCGCCGAUACGAAUCCUAGCAACACCAGCGACAAGAAGAAAUCGGUUAAGAAGAAAACCCGGAAACGUUCCAAACGCUCACUUCUCACGCAGCAUGCCGAAAUACUCGAGCUGCAGCAGCGUCACUUAGAUGCCGCCAAAGUGCCGCCACGGUCGUUAACGGCACCUGCGCGAACGGGUCGCGGCCAAGGCGAUGGGCAAUCCUAAAGAACUAUCGUUACAACGAAUGUGUGUGUGUAUGUGUAGAGGGGGAUGUGUGGGUCUGUGAAUGUAAUGUUAAAUAA